GAGACCACGAAUUGAAUAAACACACAAACCCUACAUAUGUUGUGGAACUAUGGGAGAGAGAGAAACAUCUAGAGAGAGAAAGGGAGAAGAGAUGAACAAAUGGUUGGGGUUUUCUUUGACACCUCAUUUGAGAAUCUCCGAUAGAGUUCAAGAAGAAGACGAAGAAAACUAUGUUGUGACUAAUCAACAAAAGGCUCUCAUGCCUCUCAAUUCGGAUGGUUCUCCCUUCUUCACUGAUCCUCUCACACAUCAUCCUCAUCCUGUCUGGCAAUAUGAUAUUAACCUUAAUCAUGAUGAUCAUCAUCAUCAUGACGAAGAAGUGCCAAAGCUGGAAGAUUUCUUCUCCAACUCUCAUCAAACCGAGUGUCCUCCUAUAAGCGGCAAUAACCAAACCAAUGUGAACUGCACUACAAUGCUUAACAGAUUAAGCCCACCUGGUUAUCUUCUCUACGAACAAGCCGUAUCUACACCACAAUACUCGAACCUAGAUACCAACCUAAGCCAUGAUUAUGGAGGUUCGGUCUCGGUUUUCAAAUCUUGGUUAGGGCAAGGUACUCCAACAUUUCCAGUCUCGAAUACUUAUGUUAGUGGAGAGGGCAGUACGAGCAAUACAAGUAACUUUAGUCACGAAGAGACUAAUUAUAACACCAGUGGCUCGACGUUAUUGUUGACUAUGAGCCAUGGCGCUGCUUCUGAUCUGAUCAACGAAUUAAAUGUAUCUGUACCGGUGGAAGAACCGGUUAAGGUAGACGAGAAAAGAAAGAGUUUGGUCGGUAAAUCGCAGGCCAAGGAACCGGUGGAAACGAGGAAGUCGGUUGAUAGUUUGGGGCAAAGAACUUCUCAGUAUCGUGGAGUUACAAAACAUAGGUGGACAGGGAGAUAUGAAGCUCACUUAUGGGACAAUAGCUGUAAGAAAGAAGGACAGUCGCGAAGGGGAAGACAAGUGUAUCUUGGAGGGUAUGAUGAUGAGGAGAAAGCUGCGAGGGCUUAUGAUUUAGCGGCCAUGAAGUAUUGGGGUCCUACUACUCACUUAAAUUUUCCUUUGAGUAAUUACGAAAAGGAGAUGGAGGAACUCAACAACAUGACUAGGCAAGAAUUUGUUGCCAUGUUGAGGAGGAAUAGCAGUGGAUUUUCAAGGGGAGCUUCGAUUUACAGAGGAGUCACAAGGCAUCAUCAACAUGGAAGAUGGCAGGCUAGGAUCGGAAGAGUUGCUGGAAACAAAGACUUGUACCUUGGCACAUUUAGCACACAAGAAGAAGCAGCGGAGGCGUACGAUAUAGCUGCAAUAAAAUUCAGAGGUGUAAACGCUGUUACCAAUUUCGAUAUAUGCAGAUACGAUGUGAAGAGAAUAUGUUCAAACUCUACGAUCAUCAAUAGUGACCAGGCCAAACGUUCACCCUCCAACUCUGCCUCUGGCCAAUAACGAUUAAAGUGAAACUCCUUGCCGGAGAGGGGACGGUAAGACUUUUCCGAUGUUUACUAUGAGGAACUGAUCACUGAUGUAAUAUACAAUCUCGUUAUGGUUUAAUAAACACUAGGGAAAUUUGAACACGUAGCAAGCUUGUUGUAGCUCAGGGACACCAGGAUUUUCAGUUUCAACUUGUUGUCGUAUUGAAUUGUUGGUUACAUUUUCUAGUCGUGUCACCAAUCUCUUUUGUUUCUGAGACCUCUCAUGUCAUUGAAUUAAAUCUUAUACGUUGAGUUGGAAUUAUUUAUUUUCUAACGAGUAAUAGAUUAGGAAAUAAGAAAGUUCUUAAUUAACUGUUUAGGAGUUAUCUAAACCUUAUUAUUUAUUGGGUUCAGGAUUUUAAAUUCUUAUAUAUAUGGAGAUAUCAAAAUGUGACAUAACAUAUAAGUUUAGAAAUCUUGUGAGUGUUUAAGAAUUUGAGUGAUUUUUUUAAGCUAAUAAGAGAGUGAUUCUUAUUGAUCUUUGAGUUCAUACAAACAUACAUAGAUUCUACAUUUGGUAUCACAGGUUUCAGGUUGACAAGAAAUCUGCAAGAAGACUAAAAUACCCUUCGAAAUAUGAAUGGUAUCUAUCGAGAUAUGAUUGAGAGAUAUGUAGCAGAGAUUAAGUCAGAAGAUCCCAGAAGUUAAUUGUGGGGCACGAGAUGAAUGUGAUCCUUACUUUGAAGGGGAGAAUAUAAGAUAUCAAACUAUGUCCCACAUUGGUAGAUUAGACAAAGAGUGUCUAAUAUAUAAAGAUAAGUCCAACUCUAAUUAGUAUGAGGCUUUUUUGGAAGGAACCCAAAAGCAAAUUCAUGCGGGUUUGCCUGUUAAGCCCAAAGUUGAUAGUAUCGUACUAAUAAUCGGGACAAUAUAGAGUUGGACAUGGACUUUCACAAUCUCAACAAUUGGUAUCAUAGCCUUAGGAAGCGAUGGGGGAUAUUGUUGCUGCGUCUGAAAAGAUAAAACAUGGUGGAUGAACGCCUUCGAUACAAUGUCUGAUGUUGAGCUCAACCAAUUACACCGUUUGGUCUAUGAGAAUGAAGAUCGCAUUGAAAUUCCAAAAAUUCUGGGAAGCUAUCGAGGAAGAUGAACCAAUCAGAUGGAGAUAAUGGCUAUAGCUUUAUUGUUUCAAUAUAUACAUGAAACCCUUAUUCUUCAAGCUGGAGAACUCAGCACUGCGAAAAAGUAUGGGAAGCAAUCAAGACAAGGCAUGUAGGAG